GAGAGAGAGAGAUGGGGGGGGCUCCCAGUCAAGCAGGGUAGGCAGCACACAGCGCAGGCAGAAGUUUUACAACCAGAGAGAAACGGAGAACCAUUGGAAGGUAUAAUUAUACAAAACUACAGGCAACAGGAUAGCAGUGUCUGGCUGCAGUAGCACCACAGAGGUUAGCUCAGUUCUCGAGUGUUUAAUGGCAGUUAGUGGACAACGAUAGAAGCAGGAGAAUCACAGUGAACUUCUGAUACAGCAGCCAUGGAGGAGUUCAAACGAGGGAGAUCUGAUACCCUGGACAUACAGUCAGAGGAAGAGGAGAUGACCCCGGUUACCCUGGUAACCACAAUGACCCCUGACCCCGAGGUGAACUCUGAGCCCUCCCAGGCAGAGCUGGCUCAGUGUGAGGCGGAGGUCGGGAAUCUACUCAGCAUCAUUGCUGAACUCAACAGGAAAAUGGGCGCAUUACAAGCACCAAGUGAUCCAGAUGACCUUAAACCACAGGAGCCAGUCAUCCUCCCUCCGGCUCCAGCCUCCCUGUCCAGCCCUCCUCCAUCCCUCUGCAACCCAGAGAAACACACUGGCACCGCAUCUAAAGCACCAGUAACCAACAGAGAGGGUAGUGGUGAAGCAUGGUCAGAACUCCAGGGAGUCAUGUCUGUUCUGGAGGGUUCCAUCAACACCAGGAGGGCCUGGGCUGCCUCUCACACUGCCUGUGGCCGGGACGGACCGACGGAACACCUCACAGCCGCCAGGGACAGCUGGGUACAAGUCACACAGGUCUUAGAGGAGAUGGAGAGAGAGUUUGGGAUCUCAUACCCAUCUGGUCUGCCCCCUGAGGAGCGUCAGCAAUACCAGAAGGACAUCCUGGCACUUCACCAGCGGAACUGUGACCUGCGCAGCAGCCUGCAAAGCAGACAGGAAGAACUGGAGGGGGCAAAGGUCACGGUGGGAGACAUAGAGAUUGAGAGGAACAGUCUACAUGAGAGGUUACUGGGUCUCCAUAAGGCGUGGCGAUCAGGCAGCCUCUCUCCUCCCUACAGCUCCUCAGGGAGCUCCAGUGGUGUGGUUCUGAGUCCUGGCUGGGCCUCCCCUGGUUCCCCUGGUUCCRCUUCAUUCCUUGGCUCUCCUCCCUUCCCCGGGUCACCUCUGUUCCUCAGGAGACCCAUCGCCAUGGGGAUCUUCCCGGCCCUCUCAACUGGGGGGGACAUAUCCUCCUCGGCCUCUCCAUCACCCUCCCCCUGGCCUGGGAGUGUUCCACAAGGCAGACCCUGUCGUAGCCCCAGCCCCAGCGUCAGCCUGGAGGGUGAGACAGACAGACUACAGAGGUGUAUAGAAAGGCUGAAGGCCCGGAACGAGCGUCUGACUGCAGCUCUGGACAGGAGAAAGGGAGAGUCUGAGCAGAUCAGUAUGACGCUCAGCAGACACGAAGCUGACAGCACAGCCCUGCAGAUGGCUCUCCAAUACUGCGAGGAGUGUGAGGAGGCCUACAGUGAGUUACUGUCUGUGUACGAGGGCAGGACACAGCAGGUCAUACCACACUGGAGACACAUAGCAGGCCCGGUCAUGGAGAGUCAGCAGCCCAGCAGUCCCAGGCCGUCCCUAAGGAGUCUAAGAACUGAGGAGUUGUCAACCUCCUUCUCAACACCAGGGGGUGCUGUUGAGACAGAAACACACAUCCAGACCAGGGGGUCCGAGGUAGAGGGGUGCGAGGCAGACAUUCGGGAGCGUAUUGAGCGGUUGAAGCAGGACAGGGCAGCAGUGUGUGUCCCUAAGCCAGGGCCUGGYGGAGAGGGGAAUCUCAGCCCAGAUACAGGCACCCUGGCUGGGCUUAGAGGGAGCCGCGGAGGACAGGGGGGCCAGGACACCUCCAACCCCCAGAGUACCAAUAGAGAGAAGGCUGUUCUGCUCUAUGACCUGGUCACUGUCAGGGAGGAGAUGUCGGAGCUGCGAGGUUUAAUUCGUCUGACGGAGAAGGAGCGGAGGUGUCUGGACUGGAGUCUAAUGGCCCAGAAGGCCCAGGAUGCAGCUGGAGCCCUGAUCUCUGAGAGCCUCGCRGAGGAGAUAGAGGACAGGAGGACAGAACAGCAGGGAGCAGGUGCUGAAGAGGAGAGUGUCAGCGGUGAGGGAGUCUCUGGACCUGGUUCUCUCCGACAGCGCCUCUCGCAGGAGAGACAACGAUGAGCAGAUGGCUCGGCUCGCACAAGCUCACAGCAAGGCCACAGGGUCGUACCGGAACACUCGCAGGAAGUACAGGGAGAAGCUGUGGAGGCUGGAGAGUCAGGUGUCAGCAAUGUCAGAUCGUCACAUGACCCAGAUCGGGGCCCUGAAGGCCACGCUGGAGGCCAUGGAGUGCAGGAGGGAGGAGACUGUACUCUGACUGAGCUGAGGGUCUCAGUCCAGGUUCUAACCUCUGGUUGACUCCGCUUUCCUGGCAAAAGAUGUCACGAGAAGGAGAAAAGAGAAGGAGAAAAGAGAAGGGGAAAAGAGAAGGGGAAAAGAGAAGGAGAUAUUGAUGCACUCACCCAUGUCUAUAGUGUUGUUACAGUAAACAUCAUGUGGAAAGAACCCAUUGGGCUUAUGUCAUUAUAGUAAUGUGUGAUUUCUCUACAGUCUCAGGAUUCAGCUGCUGUAUGAUAGGGUCGUGCUGAUGAUCAUGUAUUGUCAUCAACUGGAAUGUGUUUCAAAAUGACUGUUUUGAAUUAUUGAAUGAACUUAUCUCCUUGGUUUGGAAUGAKAUCAUGCUACUGAAAGACAUAUUGAAUCAAUUUGAAAAAGGACAAGUUUAAUAUAAUCCUGGUGUAAUGAUCUAAUGCAGGAUAUGUGGAUAUGAAGUGUGUUUGCUUUGCAUAUGGGGUAUAUCAAAAAUGUUCCACACCACCGCCAUGUACAAAAAUGAUCUGUGAACAGAUUGAGGAUAGGGAAACAGGGGAUCUGUAGAUGCCUGGGAACAAGUUCCCCUGCCAUUAUUACACAAUGACAGAGGCUGUCAAUCACACACACAGAGGGCAAUGACCCUAGGGUUGAAGGUCACCUCAUUUACUCUCUGCAUCCGUAUCUCAUUUAAAUAAAUUGUCCUGCUAAGCCGUAUAAAGAGAUCA